AUGGAUUCUGAGGGAUCGGAGCUAACCGGAGAUGUUCUGAGGAAAUUUUCACCUGGAUCUGGCAGUCGCAAAAUGAAGCAAAGCCGAUUGCCGUUUCAAGUUUUGUCUACAGCGACCAAGAGCCCCGUAGUAGAGCCUGCAGAGACACGCAAGCGUAAGCCAUCAACAGACGAAUUAGAUCCUGGACAAAAAGCAAAGGCGGGGCGUAUUUCAGAAGUAAAAGAGAAUGUAACAGCGCAAAUGGUGACAGCGGAAAAGUUUGCUGAAGAAAUGGCCAAAAAAGAUACCUCCGAUUCAACAAAAACAGAAAAAGAAACGGUGGAGGGGAAAGAUGUUGGAAAACAGAACUGUAUGUCACCGUCUGCUAGAGUACUAGAGCGUAGCAUUGACGGUACUGGACAUCACACCUCUUCCGAUGUUGAUUCUAGUGAGGAGGAUAUUUACAUGCUUUGCACUCCUAAUUCAAAAAUCAUUCCAAGUGAAGAGAAUAAUAAAGUACGAAAACUGACUCCAAAACAGGUUGCACGACGCCAAGAGCAUGAACGAAAGCAGGCACUUAUACAACAAGAAAAGCAGGAAAAACGCCGCAAAUUGCAGGAAGAAAAAGAAGAAAAGGCUAGAGAAAAGGAAGAACUGGAACGGCAGCGCAAGAAAGAACGAGAAGAAAAAGAAGAACAAAAGCGGAAAGAUAGAGAAGAAAAAGAAGAGCUAAAACGUAAAGAGCGCGAAGAAAAAGAAGAACUGAAACGCAAAGAUCGUGAGGAAAAGGAGAAGAAACGUCUGGCAGAAAUAGAGCAAAAAACUGAGGAAAAAAGACUAAAGGAAGAAGAACGUCGAAAAAAAGAAGAAUACAAAGAAGAUGAACGAAAACGUAGAGCAGAAGAGAAGGAAGCGGAAGAAAAACGGAAGCAAAAGGUGGCACAGGCGUUUUCAAACUUUUUCGUACGAAAAACAACGAAUAGUGGGAAUGGAGUGAAAGCUUCGGAUGAUGAAAAUUCAGUCGAAUCUUAUUUGGGAAGCGUUUCUGGAACAAUAGGAAUAACCACAGGUCAGCAGAGAUUCAUGCCUUUCUGUAUUAAAGGAGACAUGAGAUUAGCACCGAUUGUACGCAAGGUAUUACGAUCAACGGAUAGAGAACUUUUAGAGAAAGUAUUGGAAAACCGUAUUGGAGCGGCAUCAGUAGUUUCGACAACCAAUCUUUAUCUAGAAUUAUUAAAACUAAACCGUCAUAGGCCUUUAAAAUCGGAACGCACUUGGAACAUCGAGGAAGAAGACGAGGAAAAUGACGAUAUAAUGAUCGUUGAUGAAUUAAAUGGAUGUCAUCAGAUCGAAGAAGAUCCUGGUAAGAAGCAAACAUUCAGAACAAAAUUUUUCCUGUUUGACGAAAAUCGACGUCCUCCGUACCAUGGAACAUGGCGCAAGCGGAGCACUUGCAUCAGAGCUCGCCGCCCUUUUGCUCAAGACACGAAAUUUUUUGACUAUGAAGUUGACUCUGAUGAAGAAUGGGAGGAAGAAGAACCGGGAGAAUCUCUACAUGGUAGCGAUGACGACAAGGAUAUCGAUUCGGAGGAGGAUUACGAAGUCGAUAACGAAUUUUUCGUCCCGCAUGGCCAUCUGAGCGAUGAAGAACUUCAUGCUGAAGGAGAAGAAGGAGAGACAAAUGACGAUAACAGCCCGGAAGCUCAAAAAAUAAAAUUAAAGAUCAUGCAACAAGAGUUUGUGGCUGAAAUGAAAAAGAAAACGGCAAAAAUCAAACCCAGACUUAUUGGUUGCAUUUGGGCAAAUAUGGCAAGCAAUGAUCUUAACGAUGGAAAUGAUUAUCAUCGGCAUUCAGAAUGCUCUGCUAUUAUAUGGAAAAUGCUCAACGACCGGGCCAUGUUGUAUAAUCCAGAGGAACCGAUCUCGUUUACGCGAUCAAGCCAUGGAAAUGGUGUUGAGCAGUACGAUUCGGUCACACAAUCGCCAAGUAAGGAAACCGACAAAACUGUCCCAAAAAAAGUAAAAAUAACGGAUGAUGCUAUACGUGAUUUAAUACGAUUGAUACACGGUAACGUGAACAACCGUAAAUUUUUGGUACAAGAAUUUCAUGCGUUUUGGGCAAGUCGCCAGGAUUCUGUAGAUUUUAGCUUCGAGAGCAUCAAAAACAAGAUAAAAGAGCUUGCCAGCUGGGGUGCAUGUCCUUUUGAAGGGCCGAUGUUAGGAAAAAUGUGCUGGACAGUCGCUCAGAACGUGUUGAGAUUGUACGAUCUAACGGAUUUGAACUUGCCGAAUAAUUGGAAGUAUAGCUUAGAAAAAAAUAAAAAAGUUAAUUCGGAUAAAAAAAUGACAACAAAGCAGCAGGGAGAUUUGUUACAAACCAGUCCGUUGAAACGUAUGGCUAACGAAGAAAGUAAUCGUGCGACCUUCGCAGGCAGCGGAUCGUGUUUAUCUAAUAACAUAGUGAAAUUUACAAGGGUGUUAUCAAAGGAAGAGCAGUUGAAGGGGUUUGGAAAAGUCGAGAAUAUUACGAAAAACGCACAGGAUAAAAAGAUAGUAACACAACAUAUGAAGGCCGAUAAAAGCAAGGGUAAAGAUAUAAUGAUAUCAUCGCUUAAAGGUAGUGUAUCAAGUGGUAAUCCAGUAACGAAUCAGAAAUCUAAGAAACGUGUCAAUCUGUUGAUGUCUGUUCCUCGUGGCCAGGCUAUUAAUCUAACUGCAAAAAAUUAUUUAAUUAGUCAAUUUUUGGACAAAAGUAAUGCUAUGCGAUCUACUUCUAUUUCAAUGGUAGAAACAAAUAAUGAUGCAUGUAAUGAAGUUAUCGAGAUUAAUUGA